CUUGACUCAGUGAGAGGAGGAGAGUCAGAGAGAGACGGAGGAGAGCAGGCAGUCUGUCCGACAAUCAGCGCAUCUCGGCGGCGGAAGGUCCUCCGUGAACCCGAGCCUCCAGUCCGGAGCGCUUCCAUAUGGACUCACCAUGCGCAGGAUACGGGCCAACGCCAUCGCCAUUCUCACCGUCGCGUGGAUCCUGGGCACGUUCUAUUACCUGUGGCAGGACAACAAGCCGCAGUCGUCGCCGUCGUCCGUGACGCGCGGCAGGGGCCAUGGGGGGCCGAGGGGGGGGGUCCCCGGCCGGCUGGAGAUGCACCGGGACGACAGGACCAUCCCGCUCAUAGUGACCCAGCCCCCGCGGACAGAGCAGAGUCAGCUGUUGGGGGGCUUCGAUGAGAAGGCUUACCUGUCAGCAAAGCAGCUGAAGCCGGGGGAAGACCCGUACCGAGAGCACGCCUUCAACCUGCAGGAGAGCGACCGGCUGGGCAGCGAGCGGUCCAUCAGAGACACCCGACACUACAGGUGUGCGUCUCUGAAAUAUGACUCAGACCUUCCCUCCACGAGCAUCAUCAUCACUUUCCACAAUGAGGCUCGCUCCACUCUCCUGCGCACCAUCAAGAGUGUCCUGAUCCGAAGUCCUUAUUCUCUGAUUCAAGAAAUCAUCCUGAUAGACGACUUCAGCGAUGACCCUGAGGACUGCCAGCUGCUCGCUCAGAUCCCCAAAGUGCGCUGCCUGAAGAACGAACGGCGAGAGGGUCUGAUCCGAUCCCGUGUGAAAGGAGCCAACUCGGCCACAGCCUUAAUCUUGACCUUCCUGGACAGCCACUGCGAGGUCAACACUGAUUGGCUGCAGCCGAUGAUCCAGAGAGUGAAGGAG